AUUCUUGUUAAUUUUGCUUCUUGAAAGCUUGGAUUUUAUUACUUCUGAAACAUUAAGUAUGGAGAGAAGUCCUACUCUUUUUCAAGUUGGUGCAGAAGCAGCAAAACGUAUAUCAACAUGGAGCGACCCAAAGCAUGUGAUCAUAAGUCAUAUUCCGACUUACCUUCAAGCUAUGCAUGAUGCCUUACUUGGUUUACUUGAAGAUGAUUCUUUAUCUUGCACUGAUGAAAUUUUUUGGGAGUUCCAUCAUGUUUUGUAUUUAUAUCAUGCUUGUCAUCAUGUUUGCAAAGCAGCCUUCAAAUCUGUUGAUUUUCAACUAAUGCUUUUUGCAAUACAUUUUCAUAAAUUAAUGAAAUGGACCAUCCGCCUGUUUGAGGAUCAAGCCAGCAUGCCUUCUCUUCUUAAAAACUGCUGCGAUGCACUUGAGAGUUGUUUGGGUAAUACUCCACAGCGGAGAUUUCGCUCAAAAUUUGUCAAACGGUUUGGCCACCCUCCUGGAUUCUUUAGUGACUCUGCUGCUCAGUUAUAUUGUAAUGUUGAAGAGACAUUCCUGUUGUUAAAUAUGACAUCUCGCUUAAAUUCUCCUAAAACAAGAAUUGAACAUUUGCACAUCAUUGAAGCUAAUAAACAUUCUUGGAUGGAAAUACUAACUAAAGCAGCUUUAAGCAGCAUGUAUGAUGUACAUUUAGACAAGAGUGCUUUUUCUCAGGAUUUAUCCAAUGUAAAAGACAUUAAAUUACAAAUUUGUGAUGCUGAAUUGGUUGAUAUAGAAGAAGAUGAUGACAUCAUGGAAUUAUGUAAAACACCUGCAAAACGAUCUAAUAUUUCAGAUGCUGAGUUAAUAUCCAAAAUUCAGAUUCUACCAUUAUGGGAUUAUAUAUUUUUGCUAUAUGAAAGUGAAAUGCUUCGUCAAGCAGGUAAAGAGAUUGAAAAACAUCUGACUAAUAGUAAUUUAACUGUGAAGACUGGUGUUUCUGAAGAUGUUCUUUAUAAAAUUGGUUCUGAUAUUCUGGGCUUAAAUCCAUUCCAUUUAACUCACUUAAUAGGCCUUCAAAAGUAUGAAUCUAAGCGCACAUAUCCAUUUUGUGUAAUAAAUUUCCUCCGUCAUGCUCGAGAUGGCUUUGCAUCUAGUGGUCUUAAAGCCCUUAAUUUCCAAGUUCCUCAAAAUAAAACAGAAUUAACAAAAUGGGGUAUGAAUUAUACAUCAGCUAAGCAAGCUCCACUGCUGGUCUACAUUUGUUCUUCUGUGCUUGGUAAAGGCAGCAAUUCAUCUUUCAAUUGUCAUGCUUCUCUUGGAAGUUAUACAGACAAAAUCAAGCAACUUAAAAUAACUGAAAAUAUUUUAUGGAAAAAUUUUGAGAAGCUUUCUUCCACAAAAUCAUCAUUUAGACAUUGUACUGCUGCUAUUAUAGUGUCAUGGUUUAACAGUUUAAUAUCUGCUUUGGCUAUUAUGAAAGGUGAACAUCCAUCAGACAGAUUGUUUACCAUAGAAGGAUUCAACGAAUUCUUACAAAGGUCUGACAUUUCUUCAUUAUAUUUUGCUGGUAAAACUAAUGUUCUGCUGCUUGCCUUUGAAAGUAUUUUGGAGUUAAGGGAGAAAGUUUUAAAAAAUGAGCUGCAAUGGCAAAUUAGCAAGUGUUUCGUUCUUGUUGGUUUGCUCACUUACAUGCUUCUCAUACCCAGAGAUGUUAUUGAUCCUGCUAUUAAAAACGAGCAGAAAGUUAUGCAUCUUAGUACAAGACUAAGAGAUCUUCAUAGUGAAAGGGGACUUUUCGCAUUUGUAAGUCAUGUUGCAAAUGGUCAAACAUUAGGAACAGUUCCUACACAUCCAUAUAUAUCAGGAUUACUGAAGACCUGUCGUGAACUUGAAAAUGAAUUAUCAGUAGCAAAGGAAAGAGCUAUAUUUAGAUCUCAUGCAGAUAAGAAUGGUUUUAAAAGCCUUAAAGAAGAGACGGAACAGUAUUUAACAAGUAUUGGAUCACCAGAAACCAUUAUACAAUUGUUUGUACAUUUAGAACAAGACUAUGCCAAUAUUGCUACAGAUUUUACUAUAGGUAUUAAUUCCUUAACUCAGAGUGCUGAAAACUAUGUGAAAAAUCUACAGAAUUUUAGUGAGACUUUUGUUAAAAAAUUCAUCUUGUAUAAAGACAUGACUGUACCUUUUGUGACUGGCAUAGAACAGGUAAUAUUUGGAAUUAGAAUGGCAAUACACUGUAUACAAUGUAGAGAUUUGAGUAUUCAGUUUCCAAUAAAGGAUGUAAGCAUCAGUGAAUUCCUUGUGCAGUUUAUCAGUUUUUCUUCUUCUAAUUCAUCAGAUCCUUUACACGUUGCAUCUCUUCUUCUUGAUCCUAGUAACAUCAAUGCUUUCAAAUAUCUUCUGUCUCUCUCUGAUUCAUCUGUUGUGAAUAGUGGAAGACUUCUGUAUAAACUUUUGAAAUCUGCCAUUCUUGAGGUCAUAAAUGAAGCAAAGCUGCGUUCUGAUCUUAAAAGAAACCAUUUUAAGGAUAGGUUAUUGACAUUACUUUUAACUGGUUUGAACUUCUUGUGGAAUAUGUGGAAGACCCAGGAAGAUAAAGCCAAAAUUAAAAAAAAAGAGGAAGAAGCACUGUAUGUGUAUAAAACUCGUUACCAUGAAAGAGAGUUAACUGAAGAAGAGGUUAUGGAUAAAAAUGUGUUGAAUAUGUUUCCAUCAUAUGAAAAGGAUUUUACAGAAUUUAUCAAACCUGAUCCCAAACGUAAAAAAACACGCAAGCUUGUUUCUGUUGCUGGAAGUGCAGAUCCUUCACUUUUUACACAUGAUGAUAUGUUUGAAGUCUGGAAACUCCAUGCAAUUGCUAUGGGUAGGCUUUUUCCAUCAGAAUAUGAAAAUGCUCAUGAAAAUAUUAAAUUCAUUAUGAAAGAUAAUGAGGACCCUGAUUACAUUACUUCCUACCUUCUAAGACAAGAAGUUGUAAAUAGUAUUGUGACUGCAGUGGGAGACAGACUUGAUUUGUCAGUAGAAACAGAAUCAGUAUCGGGAUUGAUACUCAUGUGCCAUACAUUACAAAAGAUCAAAGAAACUGAUAAAAACCGUUAUUAUGAUAUUUAUCAUGAUCCUAAUCCAUCUAAAGUGAUUAAUUUUCGUUCAGUCCUUGAAAAUUUAUCAGUUAGUGUGGAAAAUUUGUUGAAGAAAUUUCCUGAAAAUCCUGUUUUAGUUCAG